CCCCGGCCAGCGCUCCGCCACCGCGCGAAGCUCCCGGCCCCGGACAUCGGCGCACCCCAAGCAUCCUUCCUUCCCGGGGGCUGCAAAAAGCGAGGCGCUCUGCCCAGCCGAGGACCCGGGAGGAGCACCCGGCACUCCAGGGGCCGGAUCCCUGGGGCGCACCCCCAGCCCGGCUGGAGCCUGCGCUUCCUGAGCCCGGAUCUGAGGCGAGAUGGCCGCAGGCUGCGGGGCGCCCGAGCCCCGUGUCCUCCUCUGCCUCGGGGCGCUCCUGGCCCUUUGGGUCGCCGCAGGACUAGAGGCUAUCAUCGUCGGUGAGCUUCAUGACAACGUUACUCUGCACUGUGGCAACGUCUUGGGACCCAGGGGCCUGGUGACAUGGUACCGGAAUGACUCGGAGCCCAUCUUCCUUCUGUCCUCCAAUGCCAGCCUCACACCAGCUGAGCCUCGCUUCUCUCUAGUGAACGGCAGCUCCCUGCACGUCGGGAUGCUGAGCCUGCAGGAUGAGGGCAACUAUACCUGCCAGGAGAUGAGGAAUGGGACUCGGUGGUUCCCAGUGUGGCUGCGGGUAGCCAGUGGCCCCAGUCACAUUGAGGUCAACAUCUCAGCCACCGGCACUCUGCCCAAUGGCACCCUGUAUGCCGUCAGGGGCUCGCAGGUGGACUUCAGCUGUCGCAGCAGCGCCCAGCCCCCACCCGUGGUUGAGUGGUGGUUCCAGGCCCAUUCCAGCCCUGAGUCCUUUGGAACCAACCUGACGGUCACCUACUUCACGCUGCUAUUAAUGUCGCAAAAUCUUCAAGGGAACUACACCUGUCUGGCCACCAACACACUCAGCGGGAGACAUCGCAAGGUGAUCACCGAGCUACUGGUCUACUUGCCCCCUCCAUCACCUGUGGAGUGCUCAGCAGAGAUAUCAGCAGGAUCGUCCACACUGAAGCUCACCUGUCGCUGGGAUGGGGGCUACCCUGACCCUAACUUCCUUUGGACAGAAGAGCCAGGAGGGGCGAUUGUGGGGAAGUCAAAGCUGGGGGUGGAAGUGCUGAACCGGUCCCAGCUGUCGGAUGGCAGGAAGUUCAAAUGCGUCGGGAGCCACAUCGUAGGGCCAGAGUCGGGAGCCAGUUGUGUGGUGCAGAUCAGGAUCCCCUCCCUUUUCUCGGAGCCCAUAAAAACUUGCUUUGUGGGGGGCAAUGUGACACUCACCUGCCAGGUAACUGCAGCCUACCCCCCUGCCGAGAUCCAGUGGCUAAGGAACCUGACCCAGCCCGAGAUGGUCAUCCAGCCGGACAGCCACUAUUUCAUUGCCCAGAAUGGCCAGAGCUCCACCCUCACAAUCCACAACUGCUCCCAGGACCUGGAUGAGGGCUACUACAUCUGCCGGGCUGAGAACCCUGUGGGGGUGAGGGAGGUGGACAUCUGGCUGAGUGUGAAAGAGCCUGUAAACAUUGGGGGCAUUGUGGGAACCAUUGUCAGCCUCCUGCUGUUGGGACUGGCCAUUAUCUCAGGGCUUAUGUUGUAUUACAGUCCUGUGUUCUGCUGGAAAGUAAGAAGCACUUUCAGGGGACAGGACAUGGGUGAUGUCAUGGUUUUGGUGGAUUCGGAAGAGGAAGAUGAACAAGAGUAUGCCGUGGAAGAGGAGGAAGAGGAGGGAGAAGAGACUGAGAGAGAGGAAUUGCCGAAAGAAAUAAACAAGCAUGGCCACAUUCACAGAGUGACUGCAUUGGUGAAUGGAAACUUGGAGCGGAUGGGAAAUGGGCUCCAAGACCUACAAGAUGACAGCAAUGAGCUGCAAAGUGACAUUGUUCGAGAAGAAGAUCUGCCAGUGUGAAGAAGAGGAUUGCCCAUGAUCAUCUUGUCUUGAAAGCUUGGAAAGCUCCACCGAAGACAAGCUCUUUAUCAGCUUUGCCUUGAUUCACACCCCUGCCCAGGAGCUUGCAUUACCAAUAGCUGGGGUCCCUCAGCAAACAAGAAAAACAAACACACAUCUUUCCUUCCAUUUUAAAAAAAACAAACUGGUUUAAUUUGCUGUAAGUUUUCUCAACAAUGUUCAAAAGCUUCAGGAAGGAGUGGCGUGUGUGGGAAAGCUGCAGCUGGCAUGUGAGGUGCCAUUUUGCCGUGGCUGCUGGCGCUCCACAGGUUGACUUAGCAUAACAGGCACUGAUGUGGAAAGAGCACUGUUCAGGGAAGCACUUGGUCUCCAUGCCUGUUGCCACUCUUUAAAGGUUCAUAACCAGCUUGUCCCAGCACAAAAGGAAAUACUGUGUCGGAAGACGGGAACUUCCUUAAUCUCUGCCCAGGUGCGCUUGCAACCGAGGAAGCAGGCAGACGGCAGCUCCCUGGGAAAGGUGAGGUGGCAGCUACCAGUGGGAGCCAGAGGAAGGCGUCUGGGUCAGGCUUUGGAGUCAGAAACACUGGGCUCCAACUCUUCCUCAUCCCAUGGGGUUGGGCAUGUUGCUUGCUGAGCUGUUUCCUCACGUGUGAAACAGGCAACAUCAGUCCUCCUGCUGCCAGGCUUGUGGUAAAGAUGAAAGGAGGUCAUUUCGGAUAUAAAAGUGCCUCAGAGGUGCUCAAUAGAGGUUAGUUACCUCCUUUGCCUUCCCUAGUGGAAGAAAAAAAAAUGUAAGUUAGGAGUGGCCGUCUUCCCUUUCAUUCUUUACAGAAUGGUUUCCGAGAGGGCAUUGUUAGCUGCUCCUGACCAUUCUUCCCCUGGAGAUGUAAUUCUUUUCAAAAGAGGUAGAGGCUGAUAAAAGGAGAUAUCUUUCAUUAUAACCUCACAUUCUGCAGAGCUUCAUAUUUAUAUAAGCCUCCUAGGUGGUGUACCUAGGAUUCACUUUCAGCUUUUAAUAUUCAUUUCUUUGGCUGCUUUGCAAAAAAGGCAAGAGAAGCAUUUCCUAACAGUAUAUCUGGUGAUAAGAACCACUUGGACAGACUAGUCUGUGUGACCUCAGUUUUUCUAUCAUAGAAAUAGGAAUGGGAAAACUUCUUUCCCACCUCUUAAAGGUAUUGUAAGUAUACACUGAUUGAGAACACUAAGGUUCAAAUGUAACGUGCUGAGUUUCAGUUGCUGAGCUAAUGCUUCUAGUAGAUCCUGGAGUUUUGAAAAAAAUGUUCUUAAUUUCAUCCAUAUCUCUUAAGGUUAGGGACCUUAUGAGUGUGCGAUAGAUGUGUUUUAAGCAUAAACAUUUGACUUGAAUUUGCACUCUUUAAUAUUGUAGAUCAUGCUCCAAUGGGCAAGACCUAGGGCUUAGUGGAGAGCUCCCCUUCUCCAGUGGUAGAGACUGGGACUCCUAAGAGGAGGAGCUGGUUAUCUGAGGUAACUGCUGCAGUGGUAGUGAAAGUCUGUUUUCCUGGAUGCAGGGACUGAGCUGAGAAAAUCACAUUUGUGCCCUCUCCCCAGCUCAAGACACUGGGGAGUCUGGAGCUGCUGUAAUUUCUACCCUCAGGAAUAGCUGUGAAUUACAGUGCUCCUACUUGGCAAGGUCUUUUUGCUGCAACAGAACCUUAUAUACUGCGUUAUUCUAAACUGUCUCUUAGUGUCAUUUCAGAAUGAGACACUCAGGUUGCUUCUAACGUCCCCAGAGACUGAGCUUGUCUCUUUUAGUCUUCCAUGACUAAAUUUCUGAAUUUAAGAGUCCACUCUUCAGAAGCAACUAGAUUUUAAAGAAAAGAAGAAAGGGAAGAAACUAGAGGGGAAACCACUAGCUGGAAAUGCAGAGAAUAUUUUGCAAGAUCACUGGGAUACUUUCCACAACCUCCUUUUCUCUUGCACACACACGUAGUGACAGGAGAUAUCUGAGGGUUUUUCCACUAGCAAAUGGGAGCUUCAAGGGCUUCAUGCCAAAUGCUGUGGAGCCCCAACCAAGCGAUCUGUGCUGGCUGUUGCAUCACCCCAGUGUGCGCAUUUAUACGCUGGGUCAGUUAAGAGCCCAGAGACUGAAGAUCUUCAGCUUUUAGGGAUUUAUAAGAAUUGGACUUUACCCCCCUUUUUCCUUAACAUGAUCCAUACCCAAAUCCACAAGCAUGUUGAGAGUAGGUUACAGCCUUUGUGUGGCAAAGUCCAAGCUGCCGUAUUUUACUGUAAGAAAAUCUUAUCUGCAUGUAUUGUUAACUCAAAGACCAUGAGAUCUACUUAUCGGGACCAGAAAGAUGAACACUUCAGGGAUAUUACAAUUACACUGCAUUUCCUCAAAACCUGGUAAGACACUGCAGAGGGAGCCCUGAAAUCUUUGUGGAUUUGAUAUUAGCUCUAUUCUUCACAAGCACACACAGAACCUAUAAUCGCAGCAGGAGAACACAUGAUGGAAAAUUUCCAUAACCUGUGCACUGAAACCUGGAAAAAUCAUCCUUGCCAGGUAGACUUUAUUAUAAAGCAAUAAGUGCCAAUUGAUAUUCUCACCAUGGAACUGGCUAGAAACUGAUGCAAAGAAAAAUAAGCAGAUCACUCUACAUUAUUUACCUUUUAAUAUUUGCUGGGGGAAGUUUGGGAGAAAUUAGUUCUGAGGUUAUGGAUUUUUUUAAAAGAUUAUGAAAUAAAGUUAUUUUUAAGUAAA